GCUUUAUAACCCGUCGUCGCCGACUCACAUGAAAUGAAACACCGAUAUUAAUAACUAUUCUCUUUUCUUCUUUAAAAGACUAUUUUUAUACUGGCGUUCUUCGUCGUCAAUCUACAUAUAACUCGUCAAAGCUGCUAAAUCUUGUGCUUCAUUGAUCAUCAUUCAAAUAAUUUGUGCGCUUUAUUUAUCUUGUAGUCUGGGUGCAGCUAAAUUUUCUUUUUCCCACAUUAAGAAAACAGUGAAAUCCAAGGUGGGACAAAUUCUUAAUUUCCAGGCAAUAUGUCUGGUCGAUUGCUAAGAAAGGUUCUGAAAGAACACGAGCAGAAUCAGAAACAAGAGAACAAUGUUACGUCAGAAGAGCUAGAGGAGAGGUUUGAUGAUGAUGAGUCUGACACUGAAGCUCAACCUAAGAACCCAUUUGACCUCCUCAAUGAUGAUGAUGAUGACCUCGGGAAUGGCCAGGAUGAUGAGUCCAAUGAUGUAGAGGACCCCUUGGAAGAAAAUAUCAAUAAUUCAGGAUCUGUUAUGAGAAGCCCUGUUCCUACAGUCCCAGCAUCGAAUAAGAAAUCAAAGAAAAAGAAAAAGAAGAAAAACAAAGAGGGCUCACUCCCAAAUGCUAAUGGAUCUAAAAAGUUUGUGGAGGCUGACUUAGAAACCUUAUCUAUUGAUAAUUCUUCCCAUAAAGCUAGCUCCAGUAAGGACGUCAAAGUACGUGAUACUGUUAUCAAACACUCCAAAUCCUCCAUUCUGAAGGUGGAUCCUAAGUUCUUGAAUGCUGAUUAUGAGCUACGCAGAAUAUUUGGCUCUAAGGUAGUGAGCUCAUUUGAGAAUGCUAAUCAAGCUGGCACUUCUAGGCAAGUGCGUGGUGGAAGACGUGGAGGGUACAGUCAUAGGAAGUGCAUUCUCGUCUCCUCAUCUGAACACUGGCCACGUUGGGAUGGGUCUCUGUCCAUGGAGCUUAUAGAGACUAAGGACAACAACAAUUACUUCAGAUAUGUGCACUCAGCUUCUUACAGCCAAGCUCAAAGGGGUUUUGAAGCUGCAAAGUCAAUCCAUGAUCUGAAUGGCGUGGCAAGCAUUUUGAUGCACCAUCCUUACCAUGUAGAUUCACUCAUAACAUUGGCCGAUUACUUUAGAUUCUCAGGUGAACAUCAAAUGGCAGCAGAUGCUAUUGCAAAAUGUUUAUAUGCCUUGGAAUGUGCGUGGCAUCCUAUGUUCAGUCCUUUUCAGGGUGAUUGCCGACUGGAAUACACCCAUGAAGUGAACAAGCCAUUGUUUUCUGCUCUUUUUAGUCACAUGAAGAACUUAGACAGGCGUGGUUGUCAUCGAUCGGCUUUAGAAGUCUGCAAAUUGCUACUUUCACUUGAUCCUGCUGAUCCCAUGGGUGCAAUGUUCAGUAUUGAUCACUUCGCCCUGAGGGCAGAAGAGUAUUCAUGGUUAGAACAGUUCUCCGAUCAGUAUCAAAGUGAUAACUCUUUAUGGAAUUUUCCAAACUUCGCUUAUUCUCUUGCCAUUUGCCGAUUAUAUCUUGAGCGUGAGUCCUCUUCUAAGGAUGUUAAGAUUGACUACGACCAAGAGACUUCUUUUGGUCUGAUGAAGCAGGCUUUGAUGCUUCACCCUCCUGUUCUUAAGAGGCUAGUGGAAAAGGUCCCCUUGAAGGACCAGGCAUGGAUAACCAUCACGAAAAAUCCUUUCUUCAGAUAUGAAGAUACAGGAAUCCUCUCUUUGGAUCACUUAAUAAGGAUUUAUGUGGAGAGGAGUUACAUUAUCUGGAGACUUCCUGAUGUGCAAAAAUUAUUGAAGGAUGCUGCUCUAGAAGUGAUUGAAACCCUGAAGCAUGAUGCAAGUGAAGCCAAUACCUGGGCUUGUGUUAGAAAAGAAGCGUUCCCCUCAGUGAAAAAUGAGUAUGCGCACUUGAUGGUUUCAGAUUUCUCUGAUACUGUAGCGACCAUGCCACCUGAAAACCUGCAAAAUUUUAUGAUGGUAGACCCAAGAAUGAGAGAAAUGGUGGAGAAUCAGAAUGUGGGUGCCAAUGUGCAGGUUCGUGCCCCACGUGAGCUAGCUAAUCGGAGUCCUUUGUCUGUGUUAUUUGAAUCAUUGCUGCCGUGGGUAGAUUACGGAGCUAAUGAAGAUGGCAAUGAUCAACCCAAUAGACAUGAUCAAGAUAAUGAACAUCUUUGAUUCUGACGGUCCCCUAGUUUUCAGGUGAUUUUGAGACUGGAAAUACUUUUAUACUUGUAUACAUUAGUCCAUCUAGAUCAUUUAUUUACAAAUUUACGUAGUGAAUUUAGGUCUUUUAAACAGUCUUGUGACUAUACCUUGCCCUCUUUUGCAUAGCUUGACAUGCCAACUCUUCAUAUUUGAGAGAUAAUGUGCAUACAACCUCCAAUUUUCUGAUGUUUCAUCGAUGCGAAUCUACUUCAAAUUAUUCUAUUCUUCCUUUACAAUCUCCCUUCAAUGGGUUUAACCUGUC